AUGGCUCCUUCCCACAAGUCAGACGAAAGAGUCUACGACUCUGAAAGUGGGUCUGACUAUGAAGAUGUCCAAUUUGAGCCGCCCAAGGGGUUCACAAAAGUGCAACUCCAGGCCCCCAAGCUGAUGGGUGACAAGGAAGUCUGGCUCAUCAAGACCCCCAAGGGGUUCCCUCUUGAGAAGUUGAAGACAUUGCCUGUAUCUUUCACCUCUACAAAAGUCAGAAAUGAUGGCGUUAGGCCUCUAGAAUUGGAUGGCACAAAGUACCAGGUGAACGAGGAGCUUUUUUCUGCUGACAAUGAUAAGUACGCUGUGGUAAAUGAGGAGUUCAGAGGAAAGACUAUAGACAGAUACUACACUGUGAGAGAAAUCGUGGAUGUGCCCAAGAUUGAUCAUGAAGCGGUCACUGUGCCUAGAAAGGAUGUGGAGAAGAUUGACGGGUUGAAGAUGAGACACUUUGCUACCGGAUAUGGAGCCAGAGAUUUCGACGAGGCGCAACCAAUUGUCGAGCUGAGGCUAGAUGAUGACGGGAGAGUGAUCAAAAGGGCCAAGGUUGUCGCCGAAGAGAAAGAGGAAGAGAAAGAAAAGAAGGAGAAGAAGGAGAAGAAGGACAAGAAGGACAAGAAGGACAAGAAGGACAAGAAAGACAAGAAGGACAAGAAGGAUAAGAAGAAGAAGGAGAAGAAGAGUCUGGAGUAA